CGGCCGCCGCCCGCGCGCACCCCCCCCCGGCUCCCUCCACGCGGGCCGGGCCGAGCGAGGCCGGCGGCGGCCGUUCUCUGUCCCUCGCUUCCCCCCUCACGGCAGGUCGGCUGAGGGGAAGGAGGGAGAGGAGGAGCCAGCGGCGCUGCGGGCCCGGCCGGCGGAGCUGACAGGGGAGAGCCCCGGCCGGCGGGGCGGCGCUGAGGGGAGGGAGGCGGCCCACCCCCCCCUCCUCCGCCUCGGCUCCCCCGCAGCGGGCGGCAGGGCAUGUCCGCGGCGCAGGUGUCGGCGGCGCCCGCCGAGCUGAGGGCGGCGGAGAGCGGCGGCCCGGCGGUCACCCGGCCCCGGGAGUUGGAGGAGGCCGCAGAGGAGGGCGGCCGGCAGCGGCGGGCGGCGGCGGUGGAAGCCCCGCCGCCCAAGGAGAACCCCUGGACGAGGCGCAGAGCCGCGGGCGACAGCCCCUCGCCGCCCGCCGCCGACGGGCAGGUCGUCCCGCAGGACCCAGAACUACAAAAUUCCGCUAAAGUUAUAAAAGCAGCAAAACCCAGGACGAGGAAAUACAGCAAGGCUGGCGAUUUUGGUGAUAUCACAAACUGGCCAACACCAAGCGAAAUAGCAAACAAUGAAUGUAAGACUGUAAGUCACAAUAAGAAGCCAACAAAUAGAAGAGAAAAGGAGGAGAAAUCUGAUCAAAAAAGCAAUAAUGGAAUCAAGGACAACCCGGAGGCAAAGCCAGAUGGUCCAGGAGAUAAUAUUAGUGAAGAUGAAGCUCAAACUAAUAACCAAAGGAAAAAAGGUAACAAGCAGAAAUGGGUGCCACUUCACUUGGAUGACGUAAGGUCAGACAGUCAAGAAAGACCAGGCUCUCGAACUAGCUCGAGAUUUCUGCUGGAAACAAACAAGCUAAUACCUCAUAACAACAGACGGAAUGAGACAAGAAAUUGGCGGCGUGAUAGAGAAAAGAGAGAUGACCACGACGAAGUGUGCAGCGUGAGGAGUGAGGGUGGCAGUGUUCGAGGAUUCUCCAGAGGCAGAGGAAGAGGUAGAGGCAGAGGAAGAGGACGAGGCAGAGGAAACCCUAGAAUGAACUUUGAAUAUUCAGUUGGUUAUCAAGAACUGUAUGGUGAAGGAACUGACCAAGUAUUUCAGCCUGAGUUUAAUGCUAGUGUGAUGUAUUACUAUGGUGAUGGAACAGGAGUGCAGAUGUAUUCUGUGGAUGAAGCACUUCUCAAAGAAUAUAUAAGACAUCAAAUUGAGUAUUAUUUCAGCACAGAAAACUUGGAAAGAGACUUUUUUCUGAGGAGAAAGAUGGACCAACAAGGAUUUCUGCCUGUUUCAUUGAUUGCUAGCUUCCGUCGCAUGCAAGCUCUGACUACGAAUGCUGCACUCAUUUUGGAGGCCCUAAAGGACAGUACAGAAGUUGAAACUGUGGAUCAGAGGAUAAGAAAAAGGGUUGAUCCAGAAAAGUGGCCAAUUCCAACUCCAUGCAGUCUCCCACCAACUGACUUUUCUCAGCUCAUCAAUUGUCCAGAAUUCAUACCAGGCCAAAUUUUUGGCUCACAUACUGAGUCUGCACCGAGUUCUCCAAGAAUGGGAAGCCCGCUGAGUCCAAAGGAAAACACUGAAACAAGUAAUUUUCAGGCAAUGUCUAAAGGAUUGUCUACAAGUUUGCCUGAUUUGGACUCUGAACCUUGGAUAGAAGUGAAGAAGAGGCAUCGAGCAUCCACGGUCAAACUAAAGGAAAGUGUUCCUAUACCUGAUCAAACAUCAGAUCAACAACAUCAACCACCCCCACCUUCAGAGGAACAAGAACAAGAAGAACUUGAUUUUUUGUUUGACGAAGAGAUGGAACAAAUUCAAGGCCGGAAGAAUAAAUUUACUGAUUGGUCAGACAGCGAUUCCGAUUAUGAAAUUGAUGAUCAGGAUGUCAACAAGAUUUUGAUUGUAACACAGACACCACCAUAUAUAAGAAAACAUCCUGGUGGAGAUCGUACUGGCAACCAUGUAUGCCGGGCAAAGAUUACAUCAGAACUUGCUAAAGUUAUUAACGAUGGCUUAUACUACUAUGAACAGGAUUUGUGGAUGUUGCAGAGUGAAAAUGACACUAUGACGAAGCAAGAGAUUGAGAACUUUAAGAAGCUAAAUCUCAUUAGUAAGGAAGAAUUUGAUAAUCUUGCACCAGAACCAAUUGCUGACCCAACCCAAGAAGUUCUUCCAGGACCUCCAGGGUUACGGAAAGCAGAGGAGGUGGCUUGUAAUUUGUCAAGGAUUGAAGUACCUCCAGCAGCAGCAAUAGCUCGAUCACUGCCAACAGCAGUUCCGGAUUCCCCCUGCGUUCAUCCUGGCUUCACCCCACGAACACCUCGCACCCCGAGGCUACAGGAUCCCAACAAAACACCCAGGUUCUACCCUGUUGUUAAAGAAGCCCGGUCCAUUGAUGUAAAGACUCCAAGAAAAAGAAAAACGCGACACAGUACAAAUCCUCCCUUAGAGUGCCACGUUGGUUGGGUGAUGGAUUCCAGAGACCACAGGCCAAGAACUUCCUCUGUGAGCAGUUCCAAUGCUUCGCCUUCAGAAGGAGCUCCAAUAGCAGGAAGUUAUGGGUGUACCCCGAAUUCUCUUCCAAAAUUUCAGCAUCCUUCUCAUGAACUGUUAAAGGAAAAUGGCUUUACUCAACAGGUGUACCACAAAUAUCGUCGAAGGUGUCUAAUGGAGAGGAAACGGUUGGGAAUUGGCCAGUCCCAAGAAAUGAACACACUUUUUCGUUUCUGGUCCUUUUUUCUGAGAGAUCACUUUAACAAGAAAAUGUAUGAAGAAUUCAAACAACUUGCUCUAGAUGAUGCAAAAGAACACUACAGGUACGGAUUGGAAUGCUUGUUUAGAUUUUACAGCUAUGGCCUAGAAAAGAAAUUCAGGCAAGAAAUAUUCAAGGAUUUCCAAGAAGAAACAAAGAGAGACUACGAAGCUGGUCAGCUAUAUGGACUGGAAAAAUUUUGGGCUUAUCUAAAAUACUCUCAGCACAAGACUCCAGCCAUUGACCCCAAACUGCAAGAAUACCUUAGUAAAUUUAAGAGACUGGAGGACUUCAGAGUGGAUCCUCCUAUUAGUGAAGAAUCUGGCAGAAAGAGACCGGUCGCUGCAACAGGUGAGGAUUCAGGUCAUCGCAGACAUCAGCCUAAUUCUUCUAAAACACUUCUUGCCGCUAAAUCCACGGCUGCCUGUCAGUCCCAGGCACUGGGAAAUGUCACCGGUGGGAACACUGUGCAAGCGUCUGUAGGCCAUAACAACGCUGCCACAAAAUCUAUAGAAAGCGAUGUACCAGAAAAAUAGACUUAAGACAAGCUUGCACCCUUGAGAAUCAACUUUUACGUCACACUUCUAAUCUGGAGACCUUCAAGGCGAGCCAAUCUAACACGUGAUUAAAAAAAUGUAUGGGAAGACAGAGGAUUGGAUUCUCUUUUUCACAGGAUUUAGUUCCAAAACACUUACCCUAGGAGAGUUGCUCUUGGUUUUGGGAUCAUCGGAAGGAUCCUAGGGAAGAUUCUUUGGCUUCAGUAUUGCUUUCCUCAAGCUUUUGUUUACAAAGAACUGCAUUCCUGGCAUAUGCAAAAAAUACUUUGGGGAUGCCUUACAUUUCAGCUCCUAUUUCUUAAAAAAGGUAUGAUAUACCCAUGUUACUUACUGUGCUGUCUUUACCCGGAUUUUCCCAUUAUUUGUAUUUUACCAAAGCAAAAAAGAUUUACGUUAUAUGUAGAAUUUUAAAUGGAAAGGAAGGAUCUAUGAGAUUGGUUUGCUCUUGAAUCUAACUAUUAAAAAGUAUGUUUUAGUGCAAAAGCACGCUCAAGAAUGUGCAGCUAUAUAUGAAACUGCAUUUCUGGAUUCUAUUUAAAGACAUAGUUUAUAUUUUUCAGGGUCUCCAUAGUUAGUAUUUUAUUAAGUAUGGAGUUUGAGUGGACAUAACUGGGAUAGUUUUGCAGGUAUUUCCUUCAGUACUGGUUCUUACUAACUGAAGCAUCAGAAAAACACGGGAAAAUGGAUCUGUUAAUUUCGUAGUGUCGUAAAUUAACAUGCAGUAUCUACAGUUUGUGCAGGGUGUUAAAAUAGCAAACUAUUCAAAUUAUUCUUGGCUUGAGAGGUGUCUUCAUUUGAAUUCUCAUGAUUAUGAAGUACUCUAACAGGAGAGGCAUAAUUAAAAAAAAUAAAUUAUCCAUAUUUCAAGUAAUAAAAGUGAGUUUGGAGGGAAACAAAGUAUUCCUUGUAAAUUUUACUUUUUGCUUUAUUUUGCAAUAUCUGAAUGAAGUUCUGCAUAGAAUUGUGCUAGCUAAGCCUAAAUAAUUUCAAACGGGUCUAACUAGAAUUUCACUGAAUGUAAGUUAUUCAAAUACAAAUCCAUUUCUGUAGCUGAAAGAUGAGGAUGUUUAUAUCCUGUAAUUUCUUAUUAACUUCAUUACUUUGUUUUUAAAGACUCAAAAAGAACGGAGUGGGUCACUUCUCUCUUCCAAGGGUAGGUGAGAAGGAUUUCCGCUUUUUGUUAGUCAACUGCAGAAGAGACUUCAGUUAACUUUUCAAGUUAAAAAGUUGUAUCUAGCACAAAUGCCUUAAUCCAUGAAGGUGUCCUGGCUGACUGCACGGCCGCAUGGGGCGUUUCAAACUUGUAUCUGAUCUCAGAGUUUAUAAAAAGUCCAUUAAUAUUUUCAGUCAUUGUCUUGUGAAUCUCAGUGAAACAAAUGAGGAAUGUUUGCACUGUAAAGGAGUCUAUAAUUAGCAGUGGCCUUCCCAAUAGUUAAUACAAUUUCAGUACAAAAUUGAGCCUUUUGUAAGUGGCCUGUCCUAAAUGAAUUUAAAUGAACACAUACCAAUAUUUAAAGUAAUAUCUUAUAAAUAUGCUGAAGUGACACAUCUCAAUCCUGUGUUUGAUCCAUGCCUUUUGCUAUAAAGAAAAUGAUGCGAAUGUAAAUUUGGAUUGAAAUUGUAUAUACAAGUAAGAGAUUUAAGAUAUUUCCUUUCACUUUUUCAUUGGAAAAUGUGCAGAUUAAGCUUUUAGUGUGUGUAAUUUUGUGAUAUCUUGACAAAUUUUAUAAAAACAACAACAAAAAACCCUAACAGUGUUGUAUAUC